AUGCCGCCAUCCCUCCUGCCGGGGCACAGCCAUGAGAGGGCGUCCGGCCACCCAGAAGGCUCCGGCCAUCUCCUUGCAGGCAGCACCAGCCACUCUGAAGGCACCUUGCUCCCCCUGUCCAAUGCCAAGCGGGAAGACACAAAACCCCAAGUCACUGUCUGUGAGGCUCACCUCAAGCUGCCUGACUUCUGCAGCAGCCUCUCCCAGGACUUCAUUCCCACCCUGGAGGAGAUUGAAGAGUUCCUGCGGGAGAAGGCAGAGUUCCUCAAAGAUGAAGCAAGCGAGCUUCACCCAGCUGGAGGGAAGAUCGAGAUCAAAUCUGAGAUCAGCUUAGGUAGCUCUGGGGGACAACCUGUCUCCAGGGUGGUUCAAGAAGAAGAUGUCUCAAGCGCUGCCCAGUCUGGAGGGACAGCUGAUGGUAGUGACCAGGCAGUAGCUGCUGGGAGCAUUCCUGUUGUCCUCCAAAUCCAGCCUCUCCAGAUGGACAGUGGCAGCCCACUCACACAGAGUGCUACAGAGGGUGUCAGGGUGGCCCAGCUGGUUAUCACCUUGCAGGGCCAAAACCUGGCCUUCCUCCCUCAGGUCCAGCCCCCUGUAACCAUCAUGGACCAAAAGUAUGUCAAAAUUGCCCCCCUGCCAGUCACCAUGAGGCCAGGGGCACGGUGGGAUGCACAAGAGAUGGAGGCAACCCCCAAGCAUCAGAAAGCUCUCCCUUCCCUUGUCCGUGUCCAUAAAUGCUCGCACCCAGGAUGCGGCAAGAUGUACACCAAGAGUUCCCACCUCAAGGCUCACUUUCGUCGGCACACCGGCGAGAAACCCUACACUUGUGCUUGGCCCAACUGUGGCUGGCGGUUUUCCCGGUCGGAUGAGCUCUCCCGUCACCCAUACCAGUGUGCCGCCUGUGAGAAGAAGUUUGCCCGCAGUGACCAUUUAGCCAAACACGUGAAGAUCCACCGGGGCCAGCC